AUGCGCAAGUGCGCUGCGAUGCAGUCCAACGACUCCGGCUAUGACUCUGCGGCAGAGUCAGUCUCCUCGUCGGAGGCCAUACGAGCAGUGAACAGCCUCGUGCGGGCAGACCUUCACGAGGCUCGCGAGGCCUUUCAGGGCCCUCCACUGUUUCUUUACGGUGACCGCGAGGCAGACUGGAACAGAGCGAGCUAUGCUCCGCAGAAGGAGUUCACGGAGGGCCGCUGUCAUGGCGGUUGCAGCCCAUGUCUGUUCCACAACGCGCGGCUGGGAUGCCCGAGGGGCGAUGCCUGUCGCUACUGUCACGAGCACGACAUCGGAGCGGACAGGGUGCCGCACCGGCCACGCAAGACUCUGCGCCACAAGAUCAAGAGGAAUGCCGAGGAUCUGCUGCGAAGGUUUGAGGUGUCACCAGAGCGAGUUCAUGACGAGCUCCAGGUGUUGGCUGCAGGUAGCCAAUUUGCGGUCAACUUCCUGGCAGGCCUUGCCGCAACACAACCAAACAACAGAGACAAGUGA